CGGCCGCCGGCUCAGCCCCAGACCCCAAAAACCUCCACCCGCCGGGCCUUGCCCCCCCGCCAGCGCCGCCCCCGUCAGGCAAUCCUGCGGCCCUACCGCCCUAUAACACGAAACUCGGUGGCUGCUACGCCCAACCGGGCCGGGGCCAAGUCCAAGCCGUGUCGUCACAGCGCAUACUACGUAGUACGUUCCCUACCUAGAUCCUAGAUGCCUUACUGCGUGGUAACGGUAGGUAGCUGCCCUAGGAGUCUAAGACCCUGCGUCUCAACGUCCCCCCUACCUCUCUUAGGUGCCGUAGUCGCGCCGGCCGUGUGCUUGUUCUGUCCCCGCUUCCGCCAAAACCUUCCAGCAACGGCCGUCCACCGACUCACUCCUUCACAGGUUCACUCCUCCAGCCCAGAUGCCAAGAUCCCAGACCCAAGGGCCAUAAGCACCUUGUCUCGUGUCGGCGCGCCAUCUCCGGCCAUCUCAGGCCAUCUCCAGCACCGGCACCGAGCACAUGCUUCAGCUCAGCGCCGCCGGGCACAAAAGACAAAAGCACCAUCAGUCAGCCAGCACCCAUCGCCAGGCACCAUCUUGCCGCACGUAUCCGGGGCUUACGAUAGGCACAGAUGGCGAAAACUCGGUGAAAUGAGGCAGGACGCAAUGCCUCAUGACAAGGUCCUUUCGUCGUUCCCUCCAUCUCUUCAUCCCUCCAUCCCUCCAUCCCUCCAUCCCUCCAUCUCGCUCCUUGUUCUCCCGCGCCGAAGCCACCGCCCUCGCCACGAUUCUCUUUCGUCGUCCCGGCCGUUGUCGGGUUGGCCCCGACACAAGCCGGCCGCCGUGUCUCCACCGGGCGUCCGGUACUCGUCUCCGGGGCUCGCUUUCAUCCCACUCGACUGCCGAUGGCUGACGCAUGGGAGCUACGCUUCCUCUUACCGCCGUAGCAGGCAUCGCUUCUCUGGCGUGCCAAGGAUCGCUCUAAUGGUUUUCAGGGUCCACGGGGCCUUUGAGUCCCGGUGGGACGCACAGCACAGCAGUGUACAUAGCAAAGCAAUGCCCACAUUCGUCCAUAACAUCACCCCCCUGACCCUGACAGCGGCUCAGCGCCCGCCUGCCUGCGCCAACCUGCGCCAACCGAGAGCAACGACAUUUGAACCAUCAUAGUACAUGCACCCGUCGCCGGGGACAUCUGGUCCCCGCCAUGAAUCACGUAGGCUUUGUUACUCGGUCCCAUUGAUUCUCUGUAGAUCUUUCGUCUCUAAUACUAGUCGUGUAUAAGCUCAA